CAGCACGACUUGGCGCUCGCUCGGCGUUAAUAAUGGAAAACAGAAAAGAUAUGGUGAUGUUCGUGGAGGGAGGUCAACUUGGCACGCUGGCUGGCAAGAUGGGCUCCAAUUUGUCAGAAGCAGUAGGAAGCCCGGCUCAAGAAGCGCAGGAGAAGGUGCUCCUCCACAGGAACUGCAUGAGCCCCAGGUCGAUGCCUGCUUCAUCACGAAAACGAGCGCACGAGGAGGUGGAGGAUAUACGGAGCGAUAUAAGGCCGGGUGGAGUCGCCUCUUCGUCGGGGAAAGCUCAGUCGGAACUCACGAACAAAGAGCACAGCGGCUCCGACACCGAGUCCGACUUUUAUGAAGAAAUUGAUGUGAGCUGCACGCCCGAAAGCAUGGACUACCCCAACGGCAAAGGUGGUUCCAGCGACUCUCCCAGGCAAAGCAGCGACUCUAGCGCUGACCCUGGGAAGGUGAACUCUGGCCAGACCUCCCUGUCCUACGGCGCAGAUCAGAUGCGCCGGUACCGCACAGCCUUCACGCGGGAGCAGAUCGCAAGGCUGGAGAAGGAGUUCUACCGAGAGAAUUACGUCUCAAGACCCAGGAGAUGCGAACUGGCCGCAGCGCUAAAUUUACCCGAAACAACCAUAAAGGUGUGGUUCCAGAACAGGCGCAUGAAAGACAAGAGGCAGCGACUUGCCAUGACCUGGCCUCACCCUGCAGACCCUGCAUUCUACUCUUACAUGAUGAGCCAUGCUGCGGCCACCGGGAACCUGCCUUACCCGUUCCCGUCCCACCUGCCCCUGCCCUAUUACUCUCACCUUGGCGUGGGGGGCAGCUCGGCCUCUGUUGCCCCUUUCAGUAGCCCUCUGAGGCCCCUUGACACUUUCCGGGUCCUGUCUCAUUCGUACCCCCGACCGGAGCUGCUCUGUGCCUUCAGGCACCCCUCCCUGUACCCCACCCCGGGGCAUGGACUUAGCGCGGGGGGAAGCCCUUGCUCUUGCCUUGCCUGUCACACCAGUCAGCCAAACAGCCUGUCUCAGAGACCCUCUGGUUCGGACUUCACCUGUUCGGGCACCAGCAGAACUGAUGCCUUCCUGACCUUCACACCCUCCGUGCUGAGCAAGUCCUCCACAGUCUCCCUGGACCAGAGAGAGGAAGUACCUCUGACCAGAUAAAAAUGUGGGCCCCUGUUUGGGUCCAGACUUGGGGGAGUUCUCAAAAAGCGUUAACGAAUACUGGACUGAAAGCAUGAGCGAAAUGCUAACGUAGAAAAUCUCAAUGACACACCAGCUACACAAAGGAAAAGGAAGGAGCUCUCCUGCUUGUAAGCCACGAGCCACAUUAGAGACGGAAUAUCAAAGCUAUUUAUUAAAAUAUUUCAGUUACACCAGACCAUAAGGUUAUAUUAAAAUUUGUCAUGAGACGGAAGUACUGUAGAUUUACAAAUCGACAAAAUCGUAUAUCGAUUGAUUUCAUUGGGAGAAAAAUAUAGCAAAUGGAUAUGG